AUGUCCAAGCCGACAGUAUCGUUCGCAGAUGUAAUCAGCCAUUCCCGACGCUUCCUACCAUGGCACGCGAACGUGGCGUCACUGCAAGAGACGACGGGCGCCGAAUGGAUAGAAGAGAAAAAGGCCGAGCUGAUCUCGGUAAAUGUCACUGGUGUUCUACUCGCCGGCGUUGGAAGCAGUGCCUUCUCGUGGCCAGUCAUUGAAUCGGCCCCGUGGACGACUCAAGCUGCAUUAUACGCAUCUCUAAUCACAGCCAUGAUUGCCGUUAGCAGUGGAACACAGCAAUACGUGACUUUGUCUCGCAUCCGCGGAGAGCGUCUACGAGUCUUCCAAGCCUUGCUUAGGGGAGACAAGGCUGUCCAAAGCCAUCAUCUUUACGUUUGGCAAAUGCCAAUCAUGCUGCUCUCAUUCAGUAUAUGGUACUUGCUGAUCGGUCUCCUGAUCUUGAUAUACGCUCGUGCCGCCGCGUCAUCUGCAUGGGGCCCCGAUGCGAAGAUUGCUGUCGUCAGUGGCCUUGCUACCAUCUUCGCUUUUGGCAACUACCUGAUCGGGGCAGCCACGGUCUAUCGCCUCAAUGCGCAUCUGUACUCAGGCAAACACAAUAUUUCGGUAGACCCCCCAGUAGUUCAGACCAGUGCUAGCUGGCCGUAG